GUUGCCGAAACUGUCAAGUUAUAAAUAAAAACAAAUCAAUAAUAAAAUCAUCUUUUCUGUAAUACUAUUGUAAAACAUUUUAUAAUCAUGUCAACAGACAAAGAACUUAAAGUUGUACAAUAUGUACCUUUCAAAUCUUUUGUACAUCCUUCGUUUUGGCAUAGUUUUACUGAUAUUAAGUUAAAUAUUGAUAAACUGGAUGAAGCCAAAAAAGAUAUUUACGGCCGUUACACGUACCGAGAAGAUGUUGGAACAGUAUUCGAAGUGGAUGGGACAUCUUUUAACAAGGUACCAGAGGUAGAACAACAUUACAUGAAUGUAAAAGGAACAUUAAUCAAUGUCAAUAAGUUAGAGGACUUCAAACAGUCAGACAAAAGCAUUUUACUUAAAAACUCCGGAGUAGAAGUAUGGAUGAAUGUUAAAUCUAAAGAUUGGAUCAAGGAGCCUAGUAGCUUGAUUAAAUUCUUCAUCUACUCUUAUUCUGAUCUCAAAAAGUACCGUUAUUAUUACUGGUUUGGAUUCCCAUGUCCUAAUCAACCAAUGGUACACAUUAAUGAUGAACCAGCAUCAAUAACAACAAUAUUCAAUGAACAACAACUCGAACAAUUAAAAAAUGGAUUUAACAAUCUUGAUGUAACGCAAAGACAUUAUUUUGCGAUCACAAAGAAUGCCGAUAUAGUCACUGUUGAUUGCUUAUCAAAGAUAUUAGACCCGAAGAAAGAAGAACAAAGUAAAGAUGUUUUGUCUAUGAUUUAUUUGGCAUUUACCGAUCCAAGUAGUAGUGCCAGUCCUGGAUGGCCAAUGAGGUUAUUUAUUGCAGCUCUUUUGGACCAUUGUCCUGAUCUAUAUGAUUCAGAUAUAAGUAUAAUAGGAUUGAGAUGCAGUGUUAAUGGAAGUUUACAGAAAAGUCAGGUUUACAACAUUAAAAUACCACAGGUAUCGGAGACAAGCAAAGAAGGUGCAGGUUGGGUUGGCUGGGAAAGAAAUGACAAGGGAGCUUUAGGUCCAAAACUAGCGGUUAUGUCUUCAUCCAUGGACCCUAUAAAGUUAGCGGAAUCAUCUUCAGAUCUUAAUAUGAGAUUAAUGAAAUGGCGAUUAGUGCCAGAUCUUGAUUUGGAUGUGAUGAAGAGAACUAAGUGUCUCUUGCUUGGUGCGGGAACACUGGGCUGCCAUGUUGCUCGAAACCUUUUGGCUUGGGGUUUCCGUAACAUAACAUUUGUUGACAAUGCUAAAGUAUCGUAUUCGAAUCCUACAAGACAAGUUCUGUAUACACACCAGGACUGUCUCAAUGGCGGACAGAAAAAGGCUGAAGCUGCGGCUAAUAGUUUAAAACUGAUUCUACCCACAGUUAACAGUAAAAGCAUCUUCGCACACAUACCAAUGCCGGGUUACCCUGUUGGCGAGGAUUUGAUGGAGGAGAUGUACAAUAACGUGAAGUUAGUAACAGACGCGAUUGUGGAACAUGACGUUAUCUUCUUACUGCUGGACUCGAGGGAGGCGCGCUGGCUGCCCACGGUUAUUGCAGCGGUACAUGGCAAGAUAGUGAUAAACGCAGCGCUAGGGUUUGAUAGUUAUCUAGUGAUGCGGCACGGUGUGGGGCACGAUGUGGGGCACGGGGAGGGACACGACGUAGAGCACGAUGUGGGACACGACGUGGGGCACAGUUCAGUGGGAGACACAGGCGUGCGCGCAGCCACCGUGCCCGGCAGUCGACUCGGUUGUUACUUCUGCAAUGACGUCACCGCACCAGGCAACACGUUCUCCGAGCGCACCCUGGACCAGCAGUGCACGGUGUCGCGGCCGGGCGCGGCUGCCGUCGCCGGCGCACUCGCUGUAGAGAUGCUGGCAGCUCUGUUGCAACAUCCUCUAGGUGCCGAAGCACCAGCUGCAUAUAACACAGAUGGUAAAGAAAUAGAUUCUGUCGAUGGUAUAUUGGGCUCGGUGCCACAUUCUAUCCGUGGCUUCUUGUAUUCAUAUCAGAGUGUGUUGCCAACCUGCCUCAAGUUCCAGCAAUGCAUCGCGUGCUCACAUACAGUACUUAACGCUUACAAACAUAAAGGAAUGGAAUUUUUAUUAAAAGUAUUCGAAAGCGGGAAAUACUUGGAAAGGAUCACCGGAUUGGAAGAACUCCAUUUAAGUGCUGAAAUGAGUGAUAUGCUGGCAAUUUCUGACGAUGAGGACCAAGAAAAUAUCGAAAUCGAAUGAUCUCAACAUAUUUAAUAAAGCCUUUCAUUGCAUUUAUGACGCAGCUAUUAAAGGAACUAAAUAACUGAGAAAAAGCCUAAGGUGAAGUUUAGAGCAUUUCUGAUUUAGGUAUCUAAGCUUUCCAUACUUGUUGCUAUAUAAUCGAAAAAAGUUUGAAAUAUAAAUAAAAAACAUAACUAAAGG